AUGCACGCGCCAUGCAAAUUUGAUUUACUGAAUGCUCCGAGCACAAAAGGAUACUGCCUUAAAGAGAUUAAGAGUGGCCACUUUCUAAUCAACAGAGACACGCAGUUUAUAGCGAGCGUCUACAAAAAUUCCGUGCACCCGUCAUAUCAAACACGCUUAAAAAUGGCAGCCCAACGUGGCCAAGUGGAAGGACACAUGGUACGUAAAGCGGUUGGCUUUUGUGGGCAUUUUAGAUCAAGAAAAACCAAGCUGGAGGUGUUGAGCGGUGGCAAACCCGAUAGUUUAAGCCGAAUUAUGAUCGAGCUAGAAUUCAAGCGGGAUAAUCCAAACACAAUACUUGGGUAA